AUGGACAGAAAAAUUGUGCCGUAUUCCGACAGCUCCGACAGUUCAACACCAGAGAAGAGAGUAAAACGAAAAAAAAAGGUAAAUAUGAAAACUGGUGACUGGACACAAGAGAUAAAUAAAAGGAAAAGACAAUUUGGCUUUCCAUACAAAGGUAAGAAAAGAGGAGAAACCAUCUGGAAGUAUGAUGUUGAAAAGAAUGGAAGAGUUCUAAAGCCCAGAUGCAAAUGCAGAGUUAGUGAGAAGACGAGUAAAUUGAAUUGCAAUAAAUUAACAGAUAGAGACAGAGAAGACAUUUUUAACAUAUUUUGGAAACUAAGUUGGGAUCAGAAAAAAGUUUUUGUGAAUAACACAAUGAGACUUUCAAAAGUUCAUAGACCAAGAGACAGAAAAAACCAAGUUACAUCAAGGCGUAAAUUUUCAAAUGAAUACUUUCUCCAAGUAAAAGAUGAGAAAGAUGAAUGCGAGUUGUGUACUGCUUAUAAAUCUGGAAACUUACAACAAAGUGAUUAUGAUGAGCAUGUUGCAAGAAAAGAUGAAGCGCGAGAUGAAAAGGUCAAGGAUAAAGAGACUGAGAAGCAUGUCUUUGCAAUGGACCUACAAGCGGUUUUACUUUGCCCCAAGUCUAAUGUAUCCAGUCUUUACUACAAAAUGAAAUUAAAGGUGCACAACUUUUGUAUGUACAACUUAGAGACCAAAGAGGCUUACUGCUUCCUAUGGAAUGAAUGCUGA